CAUAGGGCUGGGUACGCAGUCGGUCAUCACUCGCUUGUGCUGCAGCUGGGUCUUUGCUUGAAGACCAAAAAGCCCGAGAAAAGUCUUUAUCAAUUUGCAACAGUAAAAAGGUUGAAAUAGACCUUCCUGUGGCACCGAUUCUCUGCAGGCGUCCAGAGAUCAGGAUGGACAACGAAACAAAGUGGUUAUGGAAGACAACACAGACGGAGGCAUUCUACGCGACAUACACCAUCAGUUACCGUCUCACCCUCGCCACCCGUGAACCCUUGCUUGAGGAACACCUUCUCCAGGCCCUCACCCAUCUCUUCAGGAAGGUGCCUCUCCUGAGAGUCUGUUUUGGCCAACGAGAUGGAGAAAUGUGGAUCAGAGAGAUGGCGGGAGAAGCGUUAGACUUUGAGGUUGUUUCAAAUGCCUCAAUAGAAGAUAUACGCGAUAGUCUGCAGGCCUACCGCUACGACUUGAUGAAAGGUCCUCUGUGGUGCGUGAAGCUCCUCUCAGAGCCACCUUCCUCUCCAGUCGUUCCAGAGGGGGUUGACACGACAAAAGUUUCGUCACGUGUACACAUUGUUCCUGGGUCUUCACCAUGGCAUCACUGA